AUGGGCCCUUGCCGCAAACCUGCAAUUAAUCCGAACCCCGUCAUCGUCGCUUUCACUUCAUCUCAUGGUCGUGAGCCUUUCAUCUCUCUCUUUGCCAACCAUCACCCUCCGGUUUUUACGGCAGAAGGGUUAAUGCUGUCUCAGCGGUUUUUGACCCGGCGCCUGCCCCAGGUGGCCGUUCGUUAUAACGCCCCCCGCGCCUUUUUCUCUCAAGGCAAGAUUCUUGCGGCUGCAGAGCUUGAUGAUCCUUUGCAGAAUGGUAAUUAUCAGAACCCUCCUCGCGUUAAGCGUGCCUUCAGAGACCCUCAUGGCGACUGGUGGGACAAGCAAGAGAGACGGAAUUUUGGAGAACCAGUCCACGAGGAAAACGAAAUCCUCGGGGUUUUCAGUCCUGAGCAGUAUACUCAUGUUACGUCCCGUAAGGGCUUCUUCCACCUGGGCGUGUUCGUUGCAACCUUCCUUGGAUUCUGUGGCCUCGUGAGCUUCUACUAUCCAGACAAGCCUAGCGUUCCCAGAACAUAUCCGGAAGGCUUGGAGAAGGAUCUUGGAGGACCCAAUGCUGUUAAGGCCCGCAAAUCCGGCGAGGACUCUUGGUGA